UGACCACUAACAAUUUCGUCGGCACGCCAAACAUUAAGAACGUACCCACAUAAACAACUCCAACGUAAACUACAAUCUGUAGCCCAACUUUCUUUUGGCUUAUUUUCUUGAAUCCUCGUCCCUCUGGAAAAUGUGGGGAUUCCAGGCGAUGAAAUAAAUCUUUCUUGUCUUAUUGGAGGUUUUGAAUCCGGAAAACGUUGCGGUUUGAGGGAUUCCUCACUAUCUUUCUUGAACCAUAGAAUACAUCAUUAACCAUUAGCAUGACCACGUACAGCAAUCAUGGUAAUGCUUACCCGGCAAAUUCUGUAUUCUUACGGGACGAGUAUGACUUUGAUGACGACCACGAUGACCUGGAAGAGGAGCGUGAAAAUGAAGAACCCGAUGAAAGUGAUGAAGAUACCGAAGAGGCAAGUGAAUCAGAAAUGGGAAAACCAGAAGAAUAUACAGAAAUAAAAGAGCAAAUGUACAGAGACAAAUUAGCUAGCUACAAAAAGCAGCUUCAACAACUCAAUGAUGGCAGUCAUCCAGAUUACAACCGCAAGCUGAAGAAACUCGAAGCUAAUUAUAAAGAAAGAUUACGCCUGAAUAUUAUCUCUCGAGAUUAUUCCAUUGAAUGUAUUGAAAGAGAUUAUGUUGUGGAAAAGAGAGGAGCUGCAAAUGAUUUUGAGGAAAAGAAAAUAGAGCUGCGGGAAAAUUUAAUCGCUGAUUUAGAAGAGCGCCGUAAACAAGUGGAAGCUGAGAGGCACACAAUGGAACUGACAGGGGAUCCAAUGGAGGUUAAGCCAUCUGUAACAAGAAAGUUACGUCGGAGACCAAAUGAUCCCAUCCCUGUGCCUGAAAAAAGGAGAAAGCCACCUCCAGCACAAGUCAACUAUACUCUGGAAGAUAAGGAAAUUGAUUCAGAUUUGAAAGCUAUUAUUAGGGGCAGUAAAAUGACUCAAAAUAGUUUAAGGAAGCCAAGUAAGUUUAAGCUAACAGAGGUGUGUGGAAGUGGAUCCUAUAGAUUUUCAAGAAGGUUUUCUGAUAAAAUGUUUGUUGUCUCAGAUAUGUUCUCAAGCUCUUCUGUGAAUCGACCCCCAUCCCCUAUGAAUGACAGUUCAAACCAAGAUACUCGAAUUGAAGAUGGAAAACUUGUUUACGAGCGUCGUUGGUUCCAUCGUGGUCAACCUGUUUAUGCUGAAGGAGGCAAAGACAUGCCACGAUUUGCUGGAAACAUCUCAGCUAUUGGCAAUGAUGUUAUCUACGUUAAGAAGCUGGAUAACACAAAAGUAAGGAUUCCUCUGGUUUACUUGAUUAGAGGGAAAGUCUCUAUCAAGAGGAGAGCGUCUUAAAAUCCUGACUGUCUCAUUGACCAGAGUACAAAUUUAUAUCUGAAUGAGAAAUCUUUCCUUGUAAUCACUAUUUAUUUAAAUUCCACUUCGUUGUAUUUGUUAGCAUAAGUGAAUGAUUUUUAAAUGAUUAUUGUUUUAUAACGGUUUAUGUACCAUUUUGCUGAAAACUGUCUACCAUUGUUGAUUUCUGUUAAGCAUUAUUCGAAAGAAUCAAUUUUUUUUAUCAAUUUUCCCUUGUCUAGGCUCAAAUGAACUUAUAGAUGUAGUAGUUUUAUCCCUACAUUUGUUUUGUCUGUAGCCAGUACAGGUGAAUUAAUGCCAACUCUUGUCAUUGUUUCACUUUUAAUUGUGAUUAUAGAACAGUUGCAUUCAAAAUAAAUUCAUAGAAGUUUCAGCUCACAA